CUGAUCCGGCCUACAGGAUUAAAGGGGUGAGAGGAGGCCGUGAGAGACGCGGCCCGUCCUGCCCUCACAAUCCUCACAUCACAGACAGACGCUGAGCGCUCAGCAGCUCCACACAGUCUUGUGUUUGUGGAGAUGGGUCUGCGCUGGCUGUGGAGGCACCGGGUGAGCGCUUUACUGCUGGUGUUAGCGCUCCUACUGCUCCUCACACUCCUGGCCACACACUCACUGCAGACCAACAGAACCUAUGAACUGAGACCUACAGCAGACAGAAGGAACCAGAGAAGAGCUCCUGAGAAACACACGUCAACAAUCACUCCAAACACACACCAACCGCCCAAACACACAACGACAGCCAGAGCCGAGCGGCAGAGAGCACAUCCGCCUUUGGUCUUCCUGAAGACACACCGGACCGGCAGCAGCACCGUGCAAAACAUCCUGUUUCGACUCGGGGAACGAGAGGGCGCCACUUUUGCCUUUCCCUCCCACACGUACCAGUUUAACUACCCAGACAGAUUCAGAGCGGCGUUUGUGGACGAGCUGCCUGAGGGUUCAUCUCAGUUCAACUUGCUCUGUAGUCACAUGCGUUUGGACCUGAGGGAAGUGAGGAAGGUUAUGCCCCAGAACACAGUCUUCAUCACGUUGUUGAGAGACCCGAUCAAGACCUUCGAGUCGGUCUUCGGAUACUACACCUCCAUCACCCCAGCGUUCUUCAGUGCACACCGAGCCGCCGCCAACCAAGGCAAAUCUGCACUUUCUGUGUUCUUGGACUCUCCAGAAACCUUCUGGGACCCGAAGGAACCUGGGAAUGGUCUUGCCAAGAACCCAAUGAGCUUUGACUUGGGGCUGAACAACCAGAAGUGGAACGGCUCCUGGCCGGAGGACUUGGCUCAGCUGGAGGAAGCGUUUCACUUGGUGAUGAUCGCAGAGCACUUUGAUGAGUCCCUAAUUCUCCUGGGAGCUCUUCUCGGACUGGAGCACCCGGAUGUGGCUUACCUUCGGCUCAACGCUCGCGCUGGCAACUGUGUGACGGAGCUGGAUGAGAACAUGCGGGAGAAAGUGCGAUCGUGGAACAUGCUAGACACAUUGCUGUACGACUUCUUCGAGCAGGUGUUCUGGGAGAAGGCAGCUCAGUUCGGGUUGGAGAGGUUGAAAACGGAGGUGGCGCGGCUCAGGGCCUCUACAAUGAAAAUGCAACAGAAAUGCGUGUCCAGGGCUGAGGUUCCUCCGGGAGAGCUGGAAGACUUGCUCCGCCCAUGGCAGACGGAGACGGCUACUAUCGUGGGAUACGAGGUGCGAGGGAACCUGUCACUCCAGGAUCAGGGGUUUUGUGUUCGGAUGAUGCUUCCCGAGCUUCAGUAUCACUCACACUUGUACUUCAAGCAGUACGGUAGAGAUAUGAGAGCUGCUCCUGCUGACUGAAA